AUGAUAACUGCCAUCAUUAUCUUCCUAGUGAUCGCCUAUUUCGUUAAAUCCAUCGUUUCCGAUAUAAGAUCGAGUCCUUUACCAGCUCACAGUGUCGAGCCUCCAGUUCAGACAAGAUUUGUACCAGCAACAUUAGCCAAAUUUAAUGGCCGGUCCGACCCUAAAGUGUACAUUGGUGUCAAGGGAGUUGUGUACGACGUUUCUUCUGGAAAGUCAUUCUAUGGUCCAGGAGGACCAUACGAGAACUUUGCAGGAAGAGAUGCUUCGCGUGGAUUGGCUCUCAAUUCAUUCGAUCCUGAAGUGCUCACACCUAUUGACCAGCCCUUGGACACAUUGACCAGCUUGAGUGGAGAAGAGAAAGAAUCCUUGGAUAACUGGGAGAGUCACUUCGAUGGCAAGUACAAGGUUGUGGGAACAUUGCACAACCCCGAGGACUUGGCCAAAUUGGAGGCCAACGAAAAGCAGUAG